AAAUUCUUCACUAAUGGCCAUACAAGCCGCGAUUGUUCUGUCGAUUGUACAUGACGCGAGUGGAGCGAUGAGGUUGGAAGAUUAUACCUAACUCAAGCCGUUGCGGCUGCGCAUGCGAUGCAGUUAUUCUCUUUAUAGACGAAGAGCGAUGAUUGUGAGUAAAACGCAAGAGCAGUUACGGCAUGGGCGCUAUUCAAGCUGCAGGCCGUCCGUGUUCAAAGCACCACUGCUAUCUAUACCACUUCCCGAUAAGGAUGAAUAUUAUGGAGAUUUUAGGCUCCAUUAUUCAUCGGGAAAAGGACCAGUAUCAUUGAACUAUGGCAAUACCUUUAAUCGCUCUCCAAAUUCCGAGUCAUCAUCAACAACGUUGCCACUGUGUUCUUCUCCGAUUUCAAGAUUACUCCGGACACCACCGUGGACAGAAUCAAGGGAUUCUGCAUUCGACUUGGCAGCUAGUUUGGAUAGUUCUGGGAUGGCAGAUCUUGAAAGCAGGCGAUCGACUCUUGUCCUUGUCCCAAAGGUCUCCAGGAUCAGAGCCAGAACAGUUGUCUGGCUAGACUGGUGUUUCGUAUACUGAAAAGUAGUAUGGGGAGUGAAAACCACCCUUUGCUAAAGGAUGUGGAACUUGUGGAGGACGACAGGGAGGAGGAGAAGAUAAUGGAAGAGCAAGUGAACUCAUCUUGGCCUAUUGAUCUUGAGUGGAUUGAUGUUGAUCCAGAGAAGAAAAGAUUAGAGAAUCUGAUCAGGAAGACAAAAGAACUAGAGGUCUGAGGAAUCGUAUUCCAAAAAUUAUAAUUAUUAAUAUUCACCUCGUAAUAUUAAUCUUCUCAUACGGGGUUUUGUCAACACCUGGCUAAGAC